AUGCAAAGAGAAAGAGUAGCAGCAAUAGACGAACACCAACCUCUAAAUGGUGAGAAUGUCCAAUCUGGUGAUGGUGAUGGGAACAGUGGAGGUGAUAUUCAUGACAGUGGUGGUAAUAUUAAUAUUGAUUCUGGAGACACUGGCAGUGAUGAUGAUGAGGGUGGUGACUAUGUUCAUGAUUGUGGUGAAAGUGAUGAUGAUCAUGGCAAUAUUGGUGGUGACCCUGUUGACAAUGGUGGUGGUGAUCCUGAAUUGCCAGAUUUGGAUGAAGAUGAGGAAUUGGAUGAAGAUGCAGUCAUUAAAGAUUUUGUUCUGGAUGCUGUGCUCAGACUGGUAGAAAUAAAAGGUGAAGCAGGGUUCUCUCUAAAAACCUUGGAGGAACUGUUGAUCUGGGGACAGAAUCUGCACUGUGCAAAUAAUGAGCAAUUAUUACCUUUCUGGCCAUCUUGUUGGUCCGAGGUACAGGUAUUUUUAGAAAAUGUUGGAUACAAAUCUCCACAGUUGUAUUGGAUAUGCUUGGAUGAAAGUCACCCAUGUUUGUUUGGUUUAAUGAGAGAAAAAGCUGAACUAUGUAUACAUUGUGGCAAAGAGGGCACAAUUCCAUAUUAUUAUCUUAGUGCAACAGACAAAGUAAAAAGAUGGUGUUCUUUUCCUACAAUGUGCAGAAAUAUGACAGCACACUGGAGAGAAAAAAGCCAUUGGCUUCCUGCACAAUGGAAAGAAGGGUGGGGUUGGCUGUGUAAGAAAGAGUUCUGGGAUGGAACAUUUGGGACCCAGACACUGAGUGGACCCUCCCAGCAAAGUGUCCAGAAAAUGGAUGUGGAAUUGUUAUUUCUGCAGACGAGCUCCUGUCAGCCCCAGUAGCUUGUGAUGGAGUUGAUACCACAAGACUUGUCGAGAGCCCAUCUUGUCAAAACAUCUUUCAACAUAUUCCACAACAAGUAAGAGGUGAUCCAAGAAAUAUUGCCUAUGAUUGUAAGUUCUGUCACUGUUUUUGGCAUUAACCCUUUACUUUAUGUUAAUUACAGUAAAACUAUGGAUCCUCCAAAGUAAACAUAAACCUGGUAAAGGCUAAUGAAAUACAAGAAUUCAGUAAUUUAAAUACACACCCAAUUAUCUUAGUAUUUGACUAUUUUUUCAUCUCUUUUUACUUAUUAUAUAUGCCAAAUUGUUAAUUAAGUUUAUAAUAACUAUAUGUUUUAUUUCUGUAGUACAUUGGGAUGGAUGGCAGCUAUUCUCUUCAACAUCUAAAAGCUGUGGUGAGUUGUUAUUUAGCUGUAAUUCAUUAAGGAAUAUUCCGAAUUAUAAAUUUAAUUACUUUAAAAUAUUUAUGGGGGCAUAUGCUUUAGCUUUGAUUUUCUUGGCUUAGACAAUGUUUAUUUUUAAAAUUACUUCGUCAAUGAACUCAUAAGAUGGGUCAUUUUUUAAGUAUGAUAAAACGUUCUGAUCUGUAUCUGAUAUACAAGCUUGCCUUCGGCUCGAGUUUUAUGCUGCUCAUGUUUUAUCUAGUACAUAUAUAUAUUUAUAUCACAUUUGUGUCGGAGGUCUUUGAUCGUCCGAGGUUUAUAACUAGCUUAUAUACCUUGAAUAAAUAAUUGGAUUAAACUUGUAGACAAAACACGUGAAUUUUUCAUUAAAAAUUUUUGAAAAUGACAAAAUAUGUUAGAAAACCUCCACAAACGUGAUAUAAGUUAGUUAUAAACCUUGAAAGUCGGUUUAUAACUGAUAUAUUGCCGUCCUCGGGGGCAAUAUAUCAGUUAUAAACCUCCUACUCGGUUUAUAACGCUAACAUAUAUAUAGUUUUAUACAUAAUACAUGCUAUAUUGUAAAUCUAGGUAUUCCAGUAAAUUAUGCCAUUAUGGUCGAUGAAAUUCCUGCAGGACCAGCAACAUUGCGUCACCUUGUGCUUUGCACUUCUGGUGACCACGUGGGUUUAUGUGAGAUUGGGAAGUUUAUUAAGUGUGGUAAGAAAGGGUGCCGUCGUUGUGACACAACAAGUAAGUACAGUUUUGAAAAGUCGUGGCAAUAGUCUCACAUUUUCGGGGUGUUAGCCAGAGAAAAAAAGUUUUGUCUGUUAAACGUAAAUUGGGAAAGUUUUUUUGAUCGAUCAAAGACAAACUCCUUGUGUUGGAAUAAAUAGUGUUUUUUUCCAAUGUGUUUCUCCUUAGAUGCAAACAACGGUAGCUUGGUUUUGUACAUUCCAUUUCCGGUAAAUGAACACUGAAAAAUGCACACCGAUUACACUUUGUUUUGUACAUUUCAUUUAAGUGAAUACACACCCAAUAUGAAUGAAACGCAAUACAUUUUGAGAAAAUAGUUAAUGGGAAAAAGUAAAAACGUUCUUUGAUAUAAUAAUAUAAAAUCAAACGCAAUGCACUUUCUCAUCAGAAAAAAUGAAAAUCUUCCAGUAGACCCAGUUGGGAAAGCCCCUUAGCUACUUCAAUUGGGAAGAGUCCGUCAAACGGACAGUAUAUGGACUAGCUAACACCCUGAUUUUAGUGCCGUUGUUCUUGCAGCUGUACAGUACACCUUUACAUGAACUGACCAGUGCUCUAGAAGUGGGGGGGUGCUUGGGGGCGGAGCUCCCCUUCUUCAAACUCUGGGGGAGUCUGGGUCUACUUUAGAAAAUCGAUCAUUUAUUAAAAACACUAUUAAAAAAACUUUGUUCAUGAAGUAGAAUCAAAAUUGCUAAAAUGGCAUCCUUAAUAAAUUGAUACCUUAUCUUGUUUCAAUGUUUCAUAUAAUUAUGCAUUUAUGCUCUGUAUUUUCCAAACAGAAUGACUUAGGUUAAUAUUUAAUGACAUUAAACCUAGGUUUCAUUGAUUGAUAAUGAACAAAUAAGACAAAACAAUUUAUUAAUGCUAUUGCCUAUUAGGGCGGUGGAUAAUGAUUUAUUGCGUUAUUUUAGAAUGCUAGUAGUCUAGUAGUGGACAGAUUGAAAAUUAUUCAUAAGUUGUUGUGGCCGACUCAUUUCCUCGUAUUCUUUAAUUUUUUAAUCCGCUGAGCCCAAUUGUUACGUAUAUCGGUAUGUGUGUGUCUAUAUUGCAGGCAUUAAUGUCCUAUUUAAAAGGUGGUUGUGACAUAUGAGACUUAAUAUGAGUUAUGAUCUUAUGUACAUUGAUCUGUUAUGUGGUAUGAUAUUCCGAUUAUUGCAUCAAUCUAGAAUUUCAAAAAUGUUAAUGUAAUACACUUUUUUUAAAAAAAUACAGGUGCUUAUUUCCCAGCCCAGCACCAUUACUACUUCACCAAUAACAGAUAUCAAGCCAGAUUUCCUCCGCCGUCAAAAAGUAUCUUGCCGAAGGUAGAGCACAUUAGACAAAUUGAUGAAGAAGAACGAAUUAUGGUGAGGGAAAACCUUGCAAAGGAAUGUGGCUAUACCGGACUGUCAAUUUUGCAUAGGUUGUGGCCGCUAUAUGGAUUUUGUUAUGACCAAGAUUUGGUGUUUGAUGAAAUGCAUAUACAGUUCAGCUUAACAUUGUAAAGACAGCUCUUGACCGGCUUAUACAUGAUGAGGAUCAUCCUAUUGACUGGGAAGUGGUCGAUAAACGCUUACAAGAGUUUCCGUGAACAGCAGGUAUUGUAGUCAUACAUGUGGGACAACAUUCGAACGUCUUGAACUGAGAACUCCAAGUAAUUUGAGAUGGGAAGGUCAUGUUGAUACAAGAUAUAAAUAUGUAUAAAUAUAGUAACUAUAUUUUAAAAGUUAUUUAAUAUAUUUUUCUAGAAUUUAGAGCAUCCAGACUCCCAACAGGAAUUAAAACUCGUAUUGGCUAUUGGAAAGGUUAGUAUUUUGAAAUGAGAAGUAGUGGGUUGAAUCAUUAUGAGAUCUUCAUGAUGUAAUGUCAAUACAACAGCUGUAUACGUUCUCACUGUUAAAAUGUGGUUGAUUUUAUUCCUUAACUACACGUUCUGCAAUCAAGCACUAGCGUCUAUUUGCAUCACAAAAUUGGGCAAUCAAAACUUACGCGAGUGUGGCUCAUCAAUUGCUUCAUCCGAAAUGGACAAAAUAUAUUCCUCAGGAUUAUUUUGCGGGGGGGAUAGGGAGAAAAUCCAUAAUCCCCCUCUAAAAAUAGCUAAAUUCUGGGCGGGCAUUUCCCCCGAAAAUAGAAUAUGCAUAUCAUUAUUAACUAAUAUUAAACUGGUAAGUGGUAAGGCAUAUAUAACCUUGCAUAUACAAUUGGUAAUCACUUACAGGUGCAGUUGGUGAACCUAGACAUCAUUUCUAUCCCCUCACUUGGAAAUGGAAGAGCAUGGGAAAUGAUGUCUGGGUUUGUGACUGGGGGGGGAUUCCCCCUCCCCCCAAAUAAAAACCCCUGAAAUUUUUGAGGGGAGCUUUCACUCAGGUCCCAAAACCGAAAAUAUUCUGAUUCCCAAUUAGUAUUGACUAUAUAUUGUACUGUUCUGUAAUUUUGACGUUUUGGCAUGAAUUUUGGUAAAGUUAAUUAACUUUCCAAUUAAUACUCUAUUAGCUGAAGAUUACUCCAGAUUUGCUUUUCCUGCAUCCGAGGUUGUGCUGGCUGGUUUGCUCAACCAGUCACAAAUGCAAUCAUGGCUAUGUAUCGCCAGGAUGGAAGAGUUUUGCUGAAUCAUGCACGGAAUGGUUGGACUGAAACAGAAGCACAUACAUUCCAUCAAAUGGCUUUGCGCUAUGCCAUGCAUGUUGAAGAAGAAUGGGGUCCACAAAAUUGUGUCAUAAUGCUUCACAACGUACAGCAUUUCAAAGAGGAUAUACAAAGGUUUAGUGACCUAGACAACUAUUCCUGUUGGGUAAAAGAAAGGGCAGUGAAAAGAUACAUCAGGCAGUCCAAUAAUCACAAGAAUAUUGAGGUUACAUUUGCAGCAACUGAAGUUCGACGUUGCUAAGAAUCAGAAGAAACAAAGAAAAAGGUUGCAAGAAGACAAAGUUGACCGUGCUAAGGUAUUAUUACCAGGCGUUAUUAGAAAUUUAAUGUUUAAUCUAUUUAUUUUUGUAUUUGUAUACUAUAGUAAGUAUUUUGGGUUGCAUUUUUUGUUUUGCAGUCAUGGUCAGUACGUAUCACACCUCUCAUGUUAACAUGUUUCCUAAUACUCCAUAAAUUGGCACGAAUUAUUAUGAACACAAUUGCUAUAGGUCUUUUUCUGAAACAAGUUAUUUUAAUUUAGUUACAUGGGUAAUUUUCGUCAUGCACUUGGCAUUUUAUAGAUAUGGGCAAAAUCAAUUAAUCAAGCAAAAAUGUUGGUUUCAAUGGAUGCUGGUAUCAGAAACCAGAGCAAUAAAGGUAUCCUUGUUGGUGGCCUUCAAGAUUAUCACCUCUCAGAAGAUGUCAAAAUGCUGGUAGCAGAAUGUGUUGAAGCAGAGCUAAAAAAUGUUGAAGAAAGUGGUAAAUCCUGCCGUAGUGUAUGGUUUCCAGGACAUAAAUUUAAUGGGCUACUUUAUAGAGAAAAUGAAACUAUCAUAUUCAUCAACCAUGAAGGUGAAAUUCUUGGAAAGAUACUAACAAUAUUCAGUAUCUCAGGAGAAAGUAGAGCCUUCCUUAGAUCGAAAAGGUUUCACUGGACUGGAGAUGCUACCAGCAAUUUUCAUAAAACUGUACAAGAAGAUAAUCAAAUUGUUGUUGGGGAGCUCAAGUAUAUAAGCAGGAAAGUUAUGCUUCAGAAAGCACUUGAUGGUGAUAACAAACUUGUUGUAAUUGACUUCAUGAGGAGGAUUUUUCUGAUCGUGUCUGGAUCUGUUAUAGUACCAUACUAUCCAGUAUCAAAUGAUAUGAUAUUAGUCCAGGGAGGAGAAGAAGAUGAAAUAUGGAAAGCGAGAGUGAGUGCAUUUAAUCUUCAACGGAAAACUUUGCAGUGUCGCUUUUUUGUGAAAGAAAAUGGAGUUUGGAUACCUAAGCAUGGUUCGCAGAAUCAGAUUAUUUCCUUUGACAGCAUCCUCGGUAUUGCAAGUGGCAUUUGGUUGACCGAAUAUAGCAAAUGGCUGGAGAACUGAACUAUAUUUAUAUUUUCGCCAUUUAAACUACAGUAUGUGUUAAUAGUUUAUAUCACCUGUUCAUGAUUGUAUAUAGCUUUCUGGACUGGAUUUUUGUUGUAAUGAAU